UCCCGUAGGUUACAAACAACGCUUCGUAGUCGCUCGUAGAGAUUGCGGUUAUUUGAAUCAGUUUGUGAAUUCAUUUUCUAUUGAAAUGGCUUUCAUGAAGCUGCUGUUCUUGUCCGUAAUCGAUUUCGGAAUCCAGUGGAUUCUUUGGGGGUUGGCAAGUUGGUUAAAAACCGAAAAAUUCUACGAUUUGGCAGGAUCAUCAACGUUUGCCUUGAUCGCCUUCCUGGCGUACAAGAAAUAUUCCACUGGUCACAUUCGGACCAAAAUACAAACAACUGCCAUCCUCCUUUGGGCAGUUCGGUUGGGAUUUUACUUGUUUUCCCGAGUACUGAAAGAGGGACACGACAGGCGGUUCAAAGAUGCCAAAGAGGACCCAUCAGUGUUUUUCGUUUAUUGGACAUUACAAGGAGUCUGGGUGAUUGUGACUUUGCUUCCAUCGUUGCUCGUGGUAAUGCAAAGGAGACAGCCUUCCCUCAGCGCCCUUGAUUGGCUGGGCUGGUUAAUGUGGCUGGUGGGUUUCGUCACCGAAGUUGUGGCAGAUUACCAGAAAAGUCAGUUCCGCAGUAAUCCGGCCAAUGCCGGUAAAUUCAUCAACACGGGGCUGUGGAGCAUAUCUCGUCACCCCAACUAUUUUGGCGAAAUCCUUCUUUGGUGUGGCCUCUUCACUAGUGCCUCCUCCACUUUUACCAAUUGGUGGGAAUAUCUGACAAUUUUAAGCCCAAUGUUCCUGACUUACCUCAUCACGCAAAUGUCUGGUGUUCCACCGUUGGAGAAGUACGGUCUGCAAAAAUGGGGUUUGCUUCCCGAAUACCGGGCAUAUCUGAAGAACACCCCAGUAUUGGUCCCGUAUCUAUAAUUAAACUCUACUUAAAGAACCUUCAUUCCCUCUUGCUGAGAAAAAAGAUUGUAUGUGAGAGAAGUCUUAUUUUCAAAUUCUGUUGAUCAAUAUAUUGAUGUAACGGUUA